AUGGCUUCCUUGCAGUCGGCGCCCAACGUUGCGCCUGGCAAUUACGCCCUGCCGGCGAACUUAACUCAUCAGCACGUCCAGGAAGUUCUGCAGAAAUUCAAGCAGAUGCAGGAGCAAGGCGUCAGCCAGAGUGACCCUGAGUAUAUCAAGGCCCACCAACUCCUCGCCACUAUCCAGCGCCAGCAAUUGAUGAAGCAGAAGCAGCGCCAGCAGCAGGCCCAACAACAAGCCCAGCAGCAGGCCCAUCCUGUGAAUCUGAACCUGAAUGGCGCUGUCCCUGACGCUGCCAUCAACGGGGCACACGCUCGGAAUACUUCAACCUCUUCUGCGGCUGGGGCUACCCCCGACACACAGUCUGGUGCUCAGUUUCAAAACGCGACCCGGAAGGCUCCAACGGUCGGCAGUGGAAGCUUUUCGCCAGAGCAGCUGGCCACUCUUCGGAAUCAAAUAAUGGCAUUCAAAACUCUUUCCAAGAACCAGCCUAUCCCAACGGCUCUUCACCAGCAGCUUUUCCUGUCCAAGAAAGCACAGACACCCACCAUCACAGAAAAGGUCACAUCGGCAGAGAAAGCCAUUGACAUUGCUGACAAAAGCACGGCGGGACCGACCGCAGAUGCCCAUGAUGGUGUCCUUUCUGACAAGGAAUGGUACAGCAGCUUCCAGAUUCCUGAAGAUGUGCUUCACAAGGUCAUCAAUUAUGGGCGGCAUAAACACCGCAUCGAUCGGCCACGCAUUCCGGCUUUCGAGGCCGGUGGUAUUGACUGGCGCCAGGUUCGGGAGAACCGUGAAGCUGUCGUCUACAAUCGCAUGUCCGCUCGCAUGAAGGAGCUUGAACAUCUUUCGGCCAACAUUGGUGUUUGGGACACCAGCAAGAGCGAUGCACCCACCGGCGACGACUCCUUGAAGCUCAAGGCUUUGAUUGAGCUUAAGUCACUGGCUCUCCGGUCGAAGCAGCAGGCUCUUCGCGAGAAGAUUCGUCGGACAGGCUUCGACGCUAGCGAGACAAACCAGACGAAUCGUGCCAGUCAUCGUCGCAUGAAGCGGCCGUCCUUACGCGAGGCACGAAUCACUGAGAAGCUCGAGAAGCAACAGCGUGAUGCUCGCGAGACACGGGAGAAGAAGAAGCAGUAUGAUCAGCUCCAAGCAAUCCUCAAUCACGGCGCCGAACUUGUCAAUGCCUCCGUCCAGAGCCGCUCUCGUUCGACGAAGCUUGGUCGCAUGAUGCUCCAGCAUCACCAGCAUAUGGAGCGCGAGGAGCAGAAGCGUGUGGAGCGCACUGCUAAACAGCGUCUGCAGGCCCUGAAGGCCAACGAUGAGGAGACCUACUUGAAGCUCUUGGGACAGGCCAAGGAUUCGCGUAUUUCGCACUUGCUCAAACAGACUGAUAAAUUCUUGCAAGAGCUUGCCUCUUCCGUUAGACAGCAACAGCGGAACCAAGCAGAGCGUUACGGCGACCACGAAGACUAUGAAGAUGAGGACGAAGAGAUCGCGGACAGCGAUAACGAAGAUGACGGAUCUUCUGGAAAGAAGAAAGUCGACUACUAUGCUGUGGCCCAUCGUAUCCAAGAGACGGUCACAGAGCAACCGGGAAUUCUGGUUGGUGGUACCCUGAAGGAAUACCAAUUGAAGGGUCUGCAGUGGAUGAUCUCGCUAUAUAACAACAACUUGAACGGUAUUUUGGCAGACGAGAUGGGCCUCGGAAAGACCAUCCAGACCAUCAGUUUGAUCACUCACAUCAUCGAAAAGAAGAGGAACAACGGACCGUUCCUGGUCAUUGUGCCUCUUAGUACGCUGACUAACUGGAACUUGGAGUUUGAGAAAUGGGCGCCGUCGGUCAACAAGGUUGUUUACAAGGGUCCCCCCAAUGCUCGCAAGCAGCAGCAACAGCAAAUUCGCUGGGGCUCUUUCCAGGUGCUCCUGACAACUUACGAGUACAUCAUCAAGGAUCGACCCAUUCUCAGCAAGAUUAAAUGGGCCCACAUGAUUGUGGAUGAAGGUCAUCGGAUGAAGAACGCGAGCUCUAAGUUGAGCAGCACCCUGUCGACAUAUUACCACACGCGUUAUCGUUUGAUUUUGACUGGUACUCCGCUGCAGAACAACCUGCCUGAGUUGUGGGCGCUCCUCAACUUUGUCCUGCCGAACAUUUUCAAAUCCGUCAAGUCGUUCGAUGAGUGGUUCAACACGCCAUUCGCCAACACUGGUGGUCAGGAUCGCAUGGAUCUGAGCGAAGAAGAGCAGUUGCUCGUUAUUCGUCGUCUGCAUAAGGUUCUUCGACCAUUCCUGCUUCGUCGUCUGAAGAAGGAUGUCGAGAAGGAUCUGCCCGACAAGCAAGAACGGGUCGUGAAAUGCCGCUUUUCUGCCUUGCAGACCCGACUGUACAAGCAGCUGGUCACACAUAACAAGAUGGCCGUCAGCGAUGGCAAAGGUGGCAAGACUAAUGUGCGCGGUCUCAGCAACAUGCUUAUGCAGCUGCGGAAGCUUUGCAACCACCCUUUCGUUUUUGAGCCCGUUGAGGACCAAAUGAACCCUAGCCGCAUGACAAACGAUCUUCUUUGGCGAACGUGCGGAAAGUUCGAGUUGCUUGAUCGAGUUUUGCCCAAGUUCCGGGCCACGGGCCAUCGAGUUUUGAUGUUCUUCCAAAUGACCCAGAUUAUGAACAUCAUGGAAGAUUUCCUUCGCAUGCGUGGCCUCAAGUAUCUCCGCCUGGAUGGUUCCACGAAGUCGGAUGACCGCUCCGAGCUUCUGAAGCUUUUCAAUGACCCUGGUUCCGAUUACUUCUGCUUCUUGCUUUCCACCCGCGCUGGUGGCUUGGGUCUCAACUUGCAGACCGCCGAUACCGUCAUUAUCUACGAUUCGGAUUGGAAUCCUCACCAGGAUUUGCAAGCCCAGGAUCGUGCCCAUCGUAUUGGCCAGAAGAACGAGGUUCGCAUCUUGCGACUCAUUAGUUCCAACUCCGUUGAGGAGAAGAUCUUGGAACGUGCGCAGUUCAAGCUUGAUAUGGACGGCAAGGUUAUUCAGGCUGGAAAGUUCGACAACAAGUCCACCAACGAGGAGCGAGACAAAUUCCUCCGCAACCUUCUGGAGUCUACGGAAGAUACCGAACAGCUCGGUGACCAGGAGGAGAUGGAAGACGACGAUCUCAAUGAAAUUAUGGCUCGUUCCGAAGACGAGCUUCGCCUAUUCCAACAGAUGGACAAGGAUCGCGAGGCGACUGAGGAAUAUGGUCCUGGCCGUCGUUAUCCUCGGUUGAUGUGUGAUGCAGAGCUUCCCGAUAUUUACGUGCAAGAAGACGCUCCGAUUAGCGAGGAACCUGUGACUGAGGUUUACGGCCGUGGUGCUCGUGAGCGGAAGGUCAAGCGAUAUGAUGAUGAUAUCCCUCUGGAGGAGUGGACCAAGCUCGUGGCUGAAUGCGAGGAAACCGGUGCUUCAAUCGAUGAUGUGGUUGAGCAGUACUUGCAAGAACGGGAAGAUCGCAAGGUCAGAAAAGAGAAGAGGAAGCUGAAGGCACAAGGUGUUGUCGAAUCUUCGCCCGAACCUAUUGUGGAAAAUGACGAGACACCUCCACGGAAGCGCCGUCGUGCCCCUCCUCCCCCCAAGCGGAAGGCUGAGGAAGUUGCAGAGGAGACCCCACAGCCCAAGCGCAAGCGAGGUCGCCAGCCUAAGAUCCCGGACACCCUCAGCAGCUCGGACCGGUCCAUCUUGAACAAUAUCCUGACCAGUGUGAUCCAGUCUUUGAAAGAUAUGACCGAAGAGGUCGAGCUUGACGACUCUGAUGGCGAGGAAGGCGGGACGGUGCUCCGUUCGAUCAUUGAGCCGUUCAUGAAGCCUCCUCCACGAUCACAGUACCCUGAUUAUUACAAAAUCAUUCAGAAUCCCAUUGCAGUGGAUAUGAUCGAGAGGAAAAUCAAGCGCGACGAUUAUCAGGGCUUGAAGGAAUUCCGGGAGGACAUUCACCUCCUUUGCCAAAAUGCUCGGACAUUCAAUGAGGAUGGAAGCAUGCUGUUCCAAGAUGCCAAUGACAUCGAGGCUAAAUGCUUGAGCGAACUGAAGAAGCUGACCGAUGCUCACCCCCAGUUUGCGAACUUCGAUAGUUCGGACUCCGUUGGUGACGGACUGUCAACAGGCCUCGCCUCUGGUACCGCUACUCCUCAAACUACCGGCACUCCUGGACAGCCGAAGCUGAAGCUUACGUUCAACAAUCCCAAUGCUGAAAGCGCCAACAGCACGGCGAACGGGGAGGAUGCUGACGAAGACUGA